GACUGUGAAACAAUUUCAAAGACAUGGAGAGCUAAAAUCGUUGUCUUCAAAUCUGUCUUAUUAUUUGUUUAAUUAAAAUAAUUUUUAAAAAAAUAUCUGAUGAAUUCACUUCAAAAUAUUUCGAAGCCAGGCUCAAACUCAACUCAAUCUCUCUCGUUCGAUGAGGUCGCUAACUAUUUCUCUUUACCUCUCUCGGACGCGGCCACUCAUCUCGGUGUUUGUGUGAGUGUUCUCAAGAAAAUUUGCCGCGAGAACGGCCUUGAUCGGUGGCCCUAUCGCAAGUUUUUAUGUGGCAAGAGCAUUGAAGAAAUAAAAAAGUAUGCUGCUAGAGAAAAAUACAAACAAAUUGCUGAGCGUUCAAAGCUUGCUAGGCAAAGUGCUAUGCAACCCCAAAACAAUAACAUGUCCAAAUCGCAUGGUGUCUCAUCACCUACAAAUUUGCAGCAGCAACAAGGAAGCAAGAACACUGUGGUUGGGCAGUCGCAGGUUCUGCUUAACGCAAGCUUGACGAAAGGAAUUAUGGUUCCAGAUGAAUUUAAAUAUGGAUUUCCAUCAGAUGGCUUAUCCACUGCUACAUAUAAAUGGUGGGGUAGCAGCAGUUCUGAUGUUAAUGGGAGUACUAAUUCAGAGGAAGCAGAAACUGAUGAAGUUGACAAGAAUCAAUCUGAAGAGAAAGCAGAUGGCAGUGCCACUUCAGUAUUGUUCAAUGAGAUAUCUGGUAAUGUGAAACAGGUGACUGAAACUGAGCCUCAAGGGUCAGGUCUGCUGACAGCUCUGAGAAAGAGAACUGUAGAGGAAGGGAAAGAAGCGCUUAAACUUGGUGUCCAUAAGAAGUACUGUGUAAAGAAGCUAGGCAGAAAAGAGAGACUUCUGCUGCUACGAAUAUUCUGAUCUUCAUUGCCUAAAGACUGGGUAUUUGAGUCAUCUCUAAUUUUUACCUUUGCUUGUGAAAGACCAUUAGUAUUGCAGGUGAGGCCGUGUGGAUAAUACUAGACUGUUGUAUUCAGUUCUCUUACUGCUGCCUAAAGUGCAAUAUCUGUUAUUUUUGUCAUAUUUAUAAAUCAUUUGCAUAUUGGCUGUAAUAUUUAGCUGCAUAUAUUUAUGCAUGUGUUUCUGGGAA